CGAUAAGUAUACAUAAGCUUCUUCGGUAAACAAAUACAAGUUUUCUCGCAUACGCUCUCUCAUCAAAGCUCUGAGAAAGGAUUCUCGAUCUGUUUGGUUGCUUUACACAUCUGUAACUAUGGCGGCAGAACCGAAGGCGGCGACUGCUGAAGUUGUCAAGGUGGAUCUGUUCGAGGACGACGAUGAGUUUGAGGAAUUCGAAAUCAACGAAGAUUUGCUGGAGAAAGAGGAAGUGAAGGAAGUUAGCCAACAGUGGGAAGAUGACUGGGAUGAUGAUGAUGUCAGUGACGACUUCUCGCGUCAGUUAAGGAAGGAGCUUGAGAAUGGUGGUGAGAAGAAAUGAGGUCAGAAGUAUGAAUGUGAAAAGGGCAGGUCUCCACAUUUUGGAAAUCUCGUCUUUUUGUUAUGAUCCGGUACUCUGUUUGAAUUGCAUCCUUGGUUUAUAGUGGCAUGUAUCAGUAUUGGUUUCUCCUUUUCCUUUGCACCUUUUUUACUCUCCCUUGAAUGCAAACUUCUUAUCUUUGGUGAUGAUAUACUUGAACUGGUAAGAUGAAGAUUCUAUUUUAGUAA